GCAACGGCAAAGAUUCCAGCAAGUGCAGAAACUUUUAUAAACCAAACCGCAGAGGAUAACACACGUCUUGAGCCAGACCAAACGAGACCGUAGUGAUCAGCUUCUUUAUUCACCUUUAUUUUUUUUCUUCAAUUCGAUCAUAUUUUUCAGAUUUGGGUUCAGUUGUGACAGAAGUUAGAGAUGUGGGCAGCCUCUUGCCUUGCUUCAUGCUGUGCAGCAUGCGCUUGUGAUGCCUGUCUCACUGUGGUGUCUGGGAUCAGCAGGAAGUCAGCCAGGAUUGCAUAUUGUGGGCUUUUUGCUCUUUCUUUAAUUGUUUCAUGGAUUCUUCGCGAAGUUGCCGCUCCCCUCAUGGAGAAGAUCCCUUGGAUUAAUAAUUUUCAUCAGACGCCUGACAGGGAGUGGUUUGAAACAGAUGCUGUGCUGCGAGUUAGUUUGGGAAAUUUUCUCUUUUUCACCAUUUUGUCAAUUUCAAUGAUUGGUGUGAAAACUCAAAGAGAUCCUCGUGAUGGUUUACACCAUGGUGGAUGGAUGCUGAAAAUCAUAUGCUGGUGCCUUCUGGUGAUUUUUAUGUUUUUCCUCCCAAAUGAGAUUGUCAGCUUCUAUGAGUCAAUAUCAAAGUUCGGUUCAGGAUUGUUUCUUCUUGUUCAAGUUGUUCUUCUGUUGGAUUUUGUGCACAAAUGGAAUGACACAUGGGUUGGAUAUGAUGAGCAGUUCUGGUAUGUUGCUUUACUAGUCGUUUCCCUUGUUUGUUACGUGUUGACUUUUGGCUUUUCGGGACUUCUUUUCCAUUGGUUCACACCAUCCGGUCAUGAUUGUGGGCUCAACACAUUCUUUAUCGUCAUGACCUUGGUUUUUGUAUUCCUAUUCGCUGUGGUUGCCCUGCACCCUGCUGUAGGUGGCAGUAUUUUGCCAGCUUCAGUUAUAUCUUUGUAUUGCAUGUACCUCUGCUACAGUGGACUUUCAAGUGAACCAAGGGACUACGAAUGCAAUGGUCUCCACAGGCAUUCCAAAGCUAUUUCCACUGGCACCCUUACCCUUGGUCUGCUGACCACUGUUCUAUCAGUAGUAUAUUCUGCAGUGCGUGCUGGCUCUUCUACAACUUUGCUUUCUCCUCCAAGUUCACCUCGUGCAGGAAAGCCGUUGCUUCCAAUAGACGGCAAGAGUGAAGAGCCAGAAGAGAAGGAAAAGGCUAAGCCUGUGUCAUAUUCAUAUGCCUUCUUCCACAUUAUUUUCUCUCUUGCAAGUAUGUAUUCGGCAAUGCUUCUGACUGGGUGGUCUACCUCAGUAGGGGAAAGCGGGAAGUUGGUGGAUGUUGGUUGGUCAUCUGUCUGGGUUAGGAUUGCAACCGGGUGGGCAACCGCAGCUCUUUACAUAUGGUCUCUUGUUGCUCCAAUUCUUUUCCCAGACAGGGAGUUCUAAGCCCUAAAAAUAUAUUUGCAUGCAAUUAUUAUCCAAAGUACCACUCUGUAUGUGUGAUGAAGCUUUCUGAGCCCCAGACACGAGAAGAUACUGUGUAAAUACUGCUUAUUAUGUGGUAAAAUAAUACAGCUUGUGAAACAUGGCUAAAUUCCUGAAUGGUGUAUGUGCUUUGUUUAGGUUAUUUAUUUGUAUUUUGAAUUCAUCUCUGAAGAUUAUAACCCUUUUACA